CCGUUUAUUUUUACAUAUCGAUCUGUAUAAUCUCGUUAUCAGUCUACGACCAAUCUGCAUUUGCCACUAACCUCUAGUCAGUUGUUCCUUGUGUAGCCUCGAACCAAAGCAGUGUGUAAGGCCUUUUUAUUAGUUAAAUUCACUUUCUGUUGUGAAGAUGCAAGUUGUUGCUAAUGCUGUCUGAUCUCAGUUGUCAAGUUAGGAUAUUUUCUUAUCAUUUUUUACUACAUUAUUUUUGAAGACCAGUGAACAAUGUCUGUAAAAUAGAGAAGGAAGUUGAAAGCAGAAGGUUAGAAGAAAAGAAAAAAAUUCGGAAGAGUGUAAGAAUGAUGUCUUUUGAAUUCAUAUAAGAAAAUUCUACAGCCAGUUAGGAAUAUACUUCUCUGUUAGUAAGCUGCACUUACCCAAGAAAAAUUAUGAGUCUUAAAAAAAGAAAUACAACUUCGAAAGGGAAGAGGGACAAUUUCGAAGAAGAAAUGCUACUUGCAAAGGACUGCCGUGUUUUGGUCGAAAAGUUGCCUGAAUCUGAGUUACUGAAUCUGGAAGAUAAAACCACUAAAACAGCGAGUGGAAAAGAAAAAGAGGAAUUAGAGCGCCAUUCGCCUUCUACUUCUAAAGGAAGAAGAAUUAACGCAUCAUCAACUGAAAGUGCUUCGCCGAUUAGAUCGUCAUUGAGGCAGAGAAAAACUGUAGUGAAUAAAGCUGAUUCCAAAGAAAAAGAAAUGCCAUUUACGAAGCACUGCCACGUUUUGUUAGAAAGAUUGUCGGAAUCUCAGUUGCGAGAAGAAACGAUGGAAAUAGAGGUUCGUAAAAAAAGAGAAGAGGAAGUAGAGUACCAUCUGCCUUCUAUUUCGAAAGGAGAUAGUGAGAUCGUUAAUGCACCAUCGAAUCAAAAUGCUUCUUUGCUUGAAGCGUUAACGAAGCAGGGGGAAACAACAAUGAAUAAAACUGACUCAGAAGCACACAUAUCUCGAAAAUUCAGACGUUCUAGACAGGAAAAUAAGCGAAGGAAACAGAAACACAGACCAUGCUAUACUCAAAGACACGUUAGCAAAUUAAAGAAUGAUUCAACAAUGGAACUAUCCGAGCAAGAAGACAGAGCACCUGAAGAGGAGGAUAGUAGCAAAUUUAAGGAAGAAAGACCAAACGGAGCUUUAUUAAUACGUUUCAAAAAGGGAGAAGCCACGUCAAUAAAAGAUAAAUCAGGCUUCUGCUUAGGCCAUCACUUUUAUUUCAAUGCAUUUAGAAAGUAUUUAAUUGCUUUAAGAGGAAUUGAGAGAAGCAACAUUUUAUAUGAACUCUUACAGAGAGAUCUUAAACAAGAAUUAAUUCUGCAGAAUGCUCAUGAUCUUCAAUAUGAUGUAAACAAAAAAUUAGUAGAAUGGAUUGCCAAAAGUGCAUUAAAAGUGAAAGAGGUUUCGCUGGAAGGUCAAUGGGAAAUGAUAAAACGUGCAGCGAUGGAAGCAGAGCAAUCUGUGAUAGAUGAGAUUCGAAAGUCAUAUGAAAAUAGGAUGAUGAGAAAGCGAAAAGUUCAAGCUGAUGAAAGUUCCAAUCAGGAAAAAGUCCUCAAACUACCCAUUCCGAAUUUGAUUGAUGAAAAAGUGAAAGCAGCUAAAUCGAUAAAAGAGAAUGCAUCUAUUUCCGUUAAGGAAAUUACCAACGAAAAGGAGCAUAUUCAGAUUAGUUCAAAAGGAAAAGGCUCUGAAACUCCUAUACUUGAAAAAGAAAUCAGUAAUACUGAUCCAAAUCAAUCCGAAAUUUCCACUAGUGAGAGAGAAUGUAAAAUUUCGACAAACUUGCAAUCUAGCAAUAUGACACUACAAAAAGACAUCACCAAAAAGUUUUCAGAGAAUCAUGAUACUAAUAAAAAUGUCAAUGCUACUAAUUUAUUAGUCGAUGAAGUAUCAGUGUCUAAUAAAAUUGAGGAGAUUGUAAAGAACCUGAAAAAGAAAGCAGAGACUCAAAAAUCUUCGAAUGAAUUUGGAGUUGAUACCAAUGCUGCGAAAAUAUUAGCCGAUGAAGUACCAGCUUCUAAUAAAACCGAGGAGAUUGUAAAGAACCUGAAAAAGAAAGACGAGACUCAAGAAUCUUCGAAUGAAUUUGGAGUUGAUACUAAUACUACUAAUUUAUUAGCCGAUGAAGUACCAGAGUCUAAUAAAACUGAGGAGAUUGUAAAGAACCUGAAAAAGAAAGACGAGACUCAAAAAUCUUGGAAUGAAGUUGGAUUUGAUACUAAUACUACUAAUUUAUUAGUCGAUGAAGAAUCAGAGUCUAAUAAAACUGAGGAGAUUGUAAAGAACCUGAAAAAGAAAGACGAGACUCAAGAAUCUUCGAAUGAAUUUGGAGUUGAUACUAAUACUACUGAUUUAUUAGUCAACGAAGUACCAGAGUCUAAUAAAACUGAGGAGAUUGUAAAGAACCUGAAAAAGAAAGACGAGACUCAAAAAUCUUCGAAUGAAUUUGGAGUUGAUACUAAUACUACUAAUUUAUUAGUCUAUGAAGUAUCAGUGUCUAAUAAAAUUGAGGAGAUUGUUAAGAACCUGAAAAAGAAAGCAAAGACUCAAGAAUCUUCGAAUGAAUUUGGAGUUGAUACUAAUGCUGCGAAAAUAUUAGCCGAUGAAGUACCAGCUUCUAAUAAAACCGAGGAGAUUGUAAAGAACCUGAAAAAGAAAGACGAGACUCAAGAAUCUUCGAAUGAAUUUGGAGUUGAUACUAAUAGUACUGAUUUAUUAGUCAACGAAGUACCAGAGUCUAAUAAAACUGAGGAGAUUGUAAAGAACCUGAAAAAGAAAGACGAGACUCAAAAAUCUUCGAAUGAAUUUGGAGUUGAUACUAAUACUACUAAUUUAUUAGCCGAUGAAGUACCAGAGUCUAAUAAAACUGAGGAGAUUGUAAAGAACCUGAAAAAGAAAGACGAGACUCAAAAAUCUUGGAAUGAAGUUGGAUUUGAUACUAAUACUACUAAUUUAUUAGUCGAUGAAGAAUCAGAGUCUAAUAAAACUGAGGAGAUUGUAAAGAACCUGAAAAAGAAAGACGAGACUCAAGAAUCUUCGAAUGAAUUUGGAGUUGAUACUAAUACUACUGAUUUAUUAGUCAACGAAGUACCAGAGUCUAAUAAAACUGAGGAGAUUGUAAAGAACCUGAAAAAGAAAGACGAGACUCAAAAAUCUUCGAAUGAAUUUGGAGUUGAUACUAAUACUACUAAUUUAUUAGCCGAUGAAGUACCAGAGUCUAAUAAAACUGAGGAGAUUGUAAAGAACCUGAAAAAGAAAGACGAGACUCAAAAAUCUUUGAAUGAAGUUGGUUUUCAUACUAAUACUACUAAUUUAUUAGUCGAUGAAGAAUCAGAGUCUAAUAAAACUGAGGAGAUUGUAAAGAACCUGAAAAAGAAAGACGAGACUCAAAAAUCUUCGAAUGAAUUUGGAGUUGAUACUAAUGCUGCUAAUUUAUUAGCUGAUGAAGUACUAGCUUCUAAUAAAACCGAGGAGAUAGUAAAGAACCUGAAAAAGAAAAACGAGACUCAAGAAUCUUCGAAUGAAUUUGGAGUUGAUACUAAUGCUGCUAAUUUAUUAGCCGAUGAAGUACCAGCUUCUAAUAAAACUGAGGAGAUUGUAAAGAACCUGAAAAAGAAAGACGAGACUCAAGAAUCUUCGAAUGAAUUUGGAGUUGAUGCUUAUUUGGAAGUUAGUGAACAGCAUGUAAAUUUUGGGUCUGGGCAAAAGCAUAAUACGAUUUCAUUUCUUGAUGAUUCCAGUGAUACUGAUACUUACGUAAUAAUUGAUGAAGAAUCAGAAUCUAAUGCUAGUGAAAUAUCUGUAAAUAAUUUUGAAAAAGAUGAUGAAACGGCAAAACUUCCGAGUGAGUGCGGCAAUCACAUUGAUUUGAACGGUAAUGAACAACAGGAAAUCUCAUGUUCAAAACAAACUUCCUCAUCUGAAGAUGCUCGUUUUAUUAAUUUAGAAGUAGAAACUCCUGAAACUACUGUGAAGAGCCUUAAAAAAUACCAUAAUACUCAGAAACAUUCGAGUGAAUAUGAUGUUGAUUUAAAAAUACAGCAGGAAACGAACGAACAGCAGGAAAGCCUAUGUGAAAGCGUGCGGAAUACAGUUUCAUCGAUAGAAUGUAUGCCUGCCAAUGAAAGAAACACGGAAGGUAGUGAUAAUAUACAAGAAAUAAGUUUUGGUGAGCACAGCGAGAUUAAACAAAAGACAAUUCUUGCAUCUGAUAUCGAAAAGAAAACUUUCUCAGAAACUGAAAUUAUCAUAAGUAACGACAGAUCUGUCAGUCUUCACGCUGAAAAUAAAAUGUCUGCAAUUAGCAGCGAAAUUUGGAUUUCAGAUUUUGAAAAGACUGCCGACGCAAAAUCUGGUCAUACUCCCAGUGAAAAAAGUGCGAUUGAAAGACUUUUGGAAGAGUGCAUACAACUUGUUGAGAAUCAAGAUCUUACUCCGUCUAGGGAACCGAAUGAGAUAUCUUUAGCAAAAACUGAAAAAAAUUACGGUGUUGCGUUUUCCUGUUCCAUUUCCGAUACAGGUUCUAACCAUAGUAAUGCACAAGAAAGAGAUUGUUCUUCCACAAAGAACACCACUGGUUUGAAUCCCUUACCAGUUUCCACGAAUGACAUUCAGUUACUUAACUCAUCAGAAAAUGUUACAUCUGCUACUGAAGAGUGCAUUCAACUUGUUGAGAAUCAAGAUCUUAUUCCAUCUAGGGAACCGAGUGAGGUAUCUGUAGCAAAAACUCAAAACAAUGACGGUGUUGCAUUUUCCUGUUCCAUUUCCGAUACGGGUUCUAAUCAUAGGAAUGCGCAAGAAAGAAAUUGUUCUUCCACAAAGAACACCACUGAUUUGAAUCCCUUACCAGUUUCCACGAAUGACAUUCCUUUACUUAAUAACGCAACAGAAAAUGUGGCAUCUGCUACUGAAACCAAAACAUUCUACGAAGCCCAUUUGAGCUCUAACAUAGGUUCAGUCCCUGGUUCUCCGCAAAAGAGUGGAGACUCGUCGCUUGGAGAAAUCAAUAUACAUGAGAAUGUUCUUAAUGUAUAUAGUUCUAUUUAUAACAAAUUAGUUGGGUGGAUUCCGGAGACCUCAGCUCGUGUCAUUGCAACUGAAAUGUCCUCUAAUGUUGCAUCUCCCAAUUUAACCUCUUACCAUGAAUCCGUUCAUACCACUUCAGAAGAAAAGAAUAAUUCUUCACCUGCUAUUACUGCAUCCUCGCUUGGUGAAAGACGUAAUAGUGAAAGUGAAAGUGAAAGUGAUGAUAAUUUGUCCAAAGAAUAUUGCGAUGGACAAGGUUGUGUGUCAUGUGCAAUUAUAGUUCGAGCUAAAGCAAAAGAAGCAUUUCAAUCUUUUAAACCUCUUCCCCUUUCUGAAAUUCCUGCUCCAAAGACACGUCGUCGUCGCACUUACCUACAAAGAUUGAUGAACAGAAAGUGAUAGAAAAGGAUACUUCUCAGAUCCUGUUGCAGAUGUCAGAAUUAAAUGGCAGAAGUGAGUUAAAUGAGGGAUGAAGUUAAAGAAAAAUAAAAGAAAGUGAAACAAACAAUUCUCCUAAAAAAGGGCCAAUCUAAGCUCAUUUCGCGGCUUUCAUAUCUUCAACGGUCCUAUUUUUAACAGCAUGUGCUGCCAUUUACCACUGCUAAAAAAAACUUUUUAUACAGUAUUGUAUUAAAAAUGUAAAUAUUUAUUUAAUGCGAAAUUUUUAAAAAAUGUAUUUAUUCAAUUGACUGCAAUUGUGUAAACACAUCAUAUCAUAUUUUGGAGAUUAUCAAAAUCUCAUGUAUUUUAUGCCGUUUGAGAUGAAAUUCUUUUUUUAAAUGAAAAUUUUAAUUUGCUACUAAUUAAUAAUUUUGCAUGAAAGAAAAAAAAAACAUUUAAGACAUUUUUUAAGCUAAUCCUAUUCUUAACAGAAAAAUUAAAAACCUAUUUGUUAACCAGAAUUUUUUAAUAUUAAUAUUUAAAUGGUUUGGGUUUUGUAAAAAUCAGAAAACACAACUUAUUUUUUAAUCUAAAAGGCUUUUUCAUAUGAAUCUGUGUGUAUAGUUUAGGUCAAUGAAUCGACACAGUUGUAAUGAUUUUAGAUUUCUUCUGCAUGACACAUCUGCAAUCCUGUGUUGUUUUUCGAUUCUUCGAAAAAAAAAAUUAAUGCACUGAGUUUUUUUUUUUUUCCCCUUCUUCUUCUUUUUCUUUUUUCUUUCUCCAUAAUUACUACGGAUUUUAUCGAAAAUUUCUACAAACUGUAGAUAAGAUUAAGUUUUCUAAGGAUUUUAUUCUUAAACGUUAAAUCUUGAUGGUAUUCGAAAUUAAA